AUGCCACUAGUGCACGCCUACCAAAUCCUCUAUUACACUCAGCAUGUAAAUUUUCAAAUCCGGUUAUUUAACAAAGUCGUAGCAGAUAUUGAUUUUUGGGAAACGACUUCACGCGAAACUGAGUUGUUUUACAACAAAUCUUAUCAAAAACAAGUGGAGCACAGACUAAAGUUUUGCAUCGAAAGAUUCCAGGAGUUUGUCAAAAUAUACAUUGUAAAAAUCCGAGAAAUCGACAUUUUGGUUGCAGCAUUUGCAAUUUGUGGCGUUCUUAUUGGAAUUGGAAUUUCCUUUUGUAUGUCUUCUAACAAUUUGAGUCCUGGGAGUUAUUUGCGAAUGUCCGCCAUUGCGCUUCUUGGAAGUACGACUUUUUCGGCUAUUAUUUGGAGCGGCCAAUCCUUUGAAACCCUUAUGGCUGAAUUGAUUGCGACGCUAAGUCAAAUACGGUGGUACAACUUUAAUGGAACCAAUAAAAAACUCUAUUUAAUUUUCUUAACAAAUAUUAUGAAAGAACAUAAAAUCAAAUUUACCGAAAAUUAUUCCAUUAACUACCAACUCGGACUAGCCAUCGUCAGGGGGAUUUAUUCAAUCGCGUCUGUUGCUGUAAAAAUGCGCUCAUAA